UCUUCUCUGUGCAAAAUAUUUAGUUGGGGAGAAACUUCUUGUAAAUGAUCCUUUGUUUGUUGGUAUUAUAGUGGCACUAGAUUGAGCGACACAGACGUGACGCACUCCGGAGAGGACGUCAUGCGUCCGUGCUUAUGCACGCGCUCACAUCCACUGUGGCAUGUUUAUCGUCGCGAGGAGUGAGUGGCAGAGCGCAUGUGGACUGACUUCGGAGACAAUGACGAGGAGGGACGGAGCCCAGCUCCGUUUUUACUCUCAGGUGUAGUCUCUUUUUAAAACAACAACAACAACAACAACAAAAACAUGAGAGUCUUUGUGCUGAGGAUGAUGAGCUCAAGAGGAUUUCUUAAGGCAUCACUAACAGGUUACACUGAGGAAAUGUCCACAACUGCGAGUCCAACCAGUCCCUCCUCUCUGCUGACAUCGGAUCAACUCACGGUGGUCGCUGCGUCCUUUUCUUCUUUGGUGUUCUUUGUGAUUGUUGUGGGGCUGCUGUCCAUUAUUUACCGCAAGGAUCCACAGUGCUGCAAAGGCCGCUCCUAUCAGCGGCCACAUGCCAAUAUGGAUGCUCCUCCUCAGUAUUACAGCAGCAGACAGACACUGGUGGGAUCUUCGUAUCUAGAGCAGACGCAGAUCAUGGAUGACAGCAGCACUCAGGCAGGUCAUCUAUUCUUUGUCGGUCGGCCCUCCAGCUACAGUCUGCCAACACUGGAGGCCCCCCUGCCGAGGCUGCCCUCCUAUGAGAGUGUCCGAAAGAAGGACCGCCAGAGGCAGAUCCACAUGAUGAUCGCAGACCGAUUUGGCCUCAAUGGACCCAUUGUGACUGAGCCACCGCCAUCCUACGAAGAGAGCGUCCGUCAGUCUGUGGAGCUGCCGUACAACAUCCUCUCAUCCGGCCUGGACAUCUCACCUCCUCAGAGCAUCUACACCAACAUGGGAGCUGACAUUCAGAGUGAAACAUCUCACCCAGUCAACUCAGGCACUAACAGCACUCAUCUACCCGUGUGAUGAAGCCUCUCGAUGAAUGUGACCUAAACCUGGUGGCUUUCAUGCGGAGGAAGAAACUCCUGAUCGCUGUUCAUGACUGGCACAUUCUCGCGGUCCAAAUAUCUCAAGACUGAUUAUACUGAGAGACAGUUUCACAGGGUUGAGGAGUGACCAAAGAAGAGCUGCACGCCUUUCAGGAGGAGGAGACAUUUUUCUGACAUGUUUGAAUGUUUAAAACAAUUUGUGACGAUUGCUGUUUUGUCUUUACCACAUGAGUUUCCAAAAAGAGAAACAAACACUGGAUAUUAACAGUGACUGAGGUGGCUGGUACAUCUUGAUGAGGACAGAGGAAAAGAGAUUUGUGACCCACAGGUCACAAAUAUACCAAAUAUUGUUUGCUCUUCUGAUUAUACUCUGACAGUUUUUACGGUUUGCUUUGCUCUUUUGUUCUGCUGUUCUUUAGCCUCGUACCUCAUUGUCUUGUUUCAGGGUGCAACUUAUUUGAUGACUGCUAUAAAGCAAAUGGCUUCUGCAUAUGGUUCAGCCUGUGAGGGGGAGAAUUUAAAAAGGUGCUAAUAAGAGUGCCUCUGAAGUUAUAAUAAGACAGCUCACUGUUCCGUGUUUAUUUUUGAUCUCAUUACCUUGGUUUAAUUUUAUUUUUGCCAAAGCUGGCAGGACUCUAUGAUCUCUACUUUCUUAUCAAACAUUUUAUUACAUAAAUAUGUUUUGUUUUAUAUACUGAUAUACUGAUUUAAGUCAUGACAGAAACGUAACAGUUUGCUUGUUCUAUUCUCUUACACAUGUCAAGUUCUCAGCAGAGUGACUGUGAAAUGAAACCAGUGAAGACAUGCCAAGUUUCUUGUCAUGACCUGUUUUGUUUGUCUUAACCCAGCAGUCAAUUUCUGUAACUUACUUAUGUGCAAAUGCAAACCUUUGUCCUGCACGUUGUUUUCAUCUGUAUUUAUUUAAGGGGGAAAAAUGGACUGUUCCUUUUUAUUCUGUUAAAAAAAAUUAAAUAAAGCAUUUUAAUGUUU